GGUACCAGAUCUCCUGGGAGGUGUAUGGCAGGAACGAAUCUCGUCGUGCCCGCACGCUACCCAACACGACGCCGGAGUACAACAACACGGGGCUGUCAUCUCUCACCACUUACACGAUCGAGGUGGCAGCUGUGACCGCAAAAGGGAGCGGAUGGGUCACGUCCUCCACCAUCUCUUCUGGUGUGCCCCCAGAACUUCCAGGUGCUCCGUCCAACCUGGUGAUUUCCAACAUCAGCCCCCGCUCCGCCACGCUUCAGUUCCGGCCAGGGUACGAUGGCAAAACCUCCAUCUCCAAGUGGAUAGUCGAAGGCCAGGUUGGUGUGCUGGGUGAUGAAGAAGAGUGGGUGAGUCUUCAUGAGGUGGAGAAUGAACCUGAUGCUCAGAUGCUGGAGGUACCGAACCUUACUCCUUACACUCAUUACAGGGUGGUGGCCGGGCGCCCGGCCAGCAAGCCCAGCCUGUGGCUACGAUGGGUGCCCCUCCCCGACACACAGUAUAACGGCAAUCCAGAGUCUGUGGGGUACAGGAUAAAGUUCUGGCGUGUGGAUCUGCAGUCUCCCACCCUGAUGAAGGUCGUUAAUGACCGAUUGGAAAGAGAGUACACGAUUGAAGAUCUGGAGGAGUGGACAGAGUAUGAAUUGCAGAUCCAGGCUUUCAAUGCUAUCGGGGCAGGACCAUGGAGCGAAGUGGUGAGAGGUCGUACACGGGAGUCCGUUCCCUCUGCUCCUCCUGAGAAUGUCUCUGCUGAAGCCGUGAGUUCGACCCAGAUCCUUCUGACAUGGACCGCAGUCCCCGAGUCCGAGCAGAAUGGUCUCGUCCUGGGUUACAAGAUACUUUUCAAAGCAAAAGAUUUAGACUCUGAACCAAAGAGCCAAAUAGUAAGAGGUAACCACACUCAGUCUUUCCUGCUGUCUGGCUUGCGGAAAUACGUGCUCUAUGAGAUCCAGGUAUUGGCGUUCACUCGUAUCGGCGAUGGAGUCGCCAGCUCUCCUGCAGUUAUAGAAAGAACCAAGGAUGACGCUCCUGGGCCGCCUGUGAGGCUGGUGUUCCCCGAGGUGAGGCUGACGUCCGUACGGAUUGUUUGGCAGCCGCCAGAGGAGCCCAAUGGAAUUAUUCUAGGUUAUCAGAUUGCCUACCGUCUGGCCAGCAGCAGCCCUAACAAGUUCACGACGGUGGAGGUUGGCUCAACAGUCAGGCAGUUCACUGCUACAGAUCUCACCCCUGAGUCAGCAUACAUCUUUCGGACAUCUGCCAAAACCAGGCAGGGCUGGGGGGAGCCUCUGGAAGCCACAGUGAUCACAACAGAAAAAAGAGAACGGCCAGCACCUCCCAGACAGCUGAUGACCCCCCAGAGUGAUGUGUCGUCACGGAGUUUGCUGUUGAAGUGGGUCCCUGGAAGUGACGGGUCUUCACCAAUACGAUAUUUCACAGUGCAAGUGCGAGAACUGCCAAACGGAGACUGGCAAACCUACUCCUCUUCCAUCAGCCACGAGGCAACAUCCUGCAUUAUUGAGAGCUUGAACCCGUUCACCUCUUACAAACUGCGAGUGAAAGCAACCAACGACAUCGGAGACAGUGACUUCAGUGUGGAGACUGAGGCGGUCACAACUCUGCAGGAUGUUCCAGGUGAGCCACCCAGUUCUGUGUUAGUAACUCCCCACACGACUUCAUCUGUCCUUGUGCAGUGGCAGCCACCCAAAGUUGAGAGUCUCAAUGGCUUGCUGUUGGGAUACCGGAUCUACUAUCGGGAGCUGGAUUACGACACUGGAUCUGGAACAGAAUCCAAAACCAUUCAGAACCCUUCAGCUUUAAGAGCAGAGCUCACACCCCAAAGCAGCUUCAAGACAGUGAACAGCAGCUCUGCAUUAACGACGUAUGAAUUAACACAGUUGAAGAAAUACAAGAGAUAUGAAGUGCUAAUGACAGCAUAUAAUAUAAUUGGUGAGAGCCCUACCAGCACACCAGUGGAAGUCUUUGUGGGUGAAGCAGCACCGGCGCUGGCCCCACAGAACAUCCAAGUAAACUCCCUUUCUGCAAGCCAGCUGGAGCUCACCUGGGACCCCCCUCCUGCCGACAGCCAAAAUGGGAAUAUUCAAGGCUACAAGAUUUAUUACUGGGAGAGCGACAUCCAAAAUGACACAGAGAAAGUGAAGGUCCUUUUCCUCCCGGAGACAACCGUCCGGCUCAAAAACCUGACCAGCCACACGCGGUACAUGGUCUGCAUCUCCGCCUUCAAUGCAGCCGGGGACGGCCCCAGGAGCAGCCCCUCGCAGGGCAGGACGCACCAGGCUGCACCCAGUGCUCCCAGCUUCUUGGCUUUCUCCGAAAUCACUUGCACUACACUCAAUGUGUCUUGGGGCGAGCCGACAGCAGCAAAUGGAGUCCUGCAGGGUUAUCGAGUAGUUUAUGAGCCUUUGGCUCCCGUCCAGGGGGUGAGUAAGGUGGUGACUGUGGACAUUAAAGGCAACUGGCAACGCUGGUUAAAGGUCCGAGAUCUCACCAAGGGCAUGACCUAUUUAUUCAGAGUGCAAGCCCGAACCAUCACCUAUGGACCUGAACUGCAAGCCAACGUCACAGCUGGGCCAGCAGAAGGGUCGCCUGGUUCCCCUCAGGAAAUUCUGGUGACAAAAUCUGCUUCUGGGCUGACGCUACAAUGGACUGAGGGAGAUUCAGGAGAAAAACCCACAACUGGCUACAUUAUAGAGGCACGACCUUCAGAUGAAGGACUGUGGGAUAUGUUUGUGAAGGACAUCCCUCGCAGUGCUACCUCCUACACAGUCGGCCUGGACAAACUCAAACAGGGUGUCACCUAUGAAUUUCGGGUGGUGGCUGUUAAUGAAUUUGGCUAUGGAGAGCCAAGUGUUCCCUCUGUGGCAGUAUCAGCACAAACAGAAGCCCCUUUCUAUGAGGAGUGGUGGUUUCUGCUGGUGAUGGCGCUCUCAAGUCUGAUCCUCAUCCUCCUGGUGGUGUUUGCAUUGGUCCUGCAUGGCCAGAGCAAGAAGUACAAGAACUGCAGCACAGGUAAAACCAUCUCCAAUGUGGAAGAGUCGGUCACACUGGAUAAUGGAGGCUUCACUGCUCUGGAGCUCAACAGCAGACACCUGAACAUCAAGAGCACCUUCUCAAAGAAGAAUGGAACCAGGUCUCCUCCUCGCCCAAGCCCAGGAGGGCUGCACUACUCUGAUGAGGAUAUCUGCAACAAAUACAACGGAGCUGUGCUGACCGAGGGCUUGGGCCUGAACGAGAAGCCCUUGGAAAUGUCGGAGUCAGAGGCCACUGACUCAGAUUAUGAAGACGAGUUGCCAAAGCACUCCUUUGUGAACCAUUACAUGAGCGACCCCACCUACUACAACUCAUGGAAGCGGCAGCAGAAAGGGGUGAAGCACCCGGCAUCCUAUAGAUACGAGGAAUGCGCCGCCAGCGAGACAGAACCCUAUUUCCAGACUGUCAUCACAACACAGAGCUCAGGAGGGGUGUACACCCCAACGGGACAGCCCGCGCCCGGCUCCCGGACUCCAGUGACAGGGUUCUCCUCCUUCGUCUGA